CGACGGAGUGCUCAGCGUGUGGGAAGGGGCGAGCCCUUUGAACGGAGAGGCCUGGCAGGGGCGAAGGCGGGGCGGGCGCCCCCUAACGGCCUCGAUCCGCAGAUCGCCCUGGGGUCGGUGCACGUGAUCGACGCCGGGGAGACGGCGCUGGUGGAGGAGCUGCGCGCGGCGCCCUGGGAGCGCGGCAAGGGCGUGGCCGGGUUGCUGCAGCGCUUCAGCUCGCAGCUGGUCAAGCGAAGGCGCCCGGGGAUCAAGGUGGCACGACUCGCCCGGGACGACCAGCUGGGGUCCCGGGAGCUGAAGAAAUACCACCUGAUCACCAAGCAGGGCAUCCUUUUGGUCCAGUUCAACGUGUCGGCCCUGCCGGAGGGGCUGGGCGCGCGGCUGGCGGCUCUGCGGGCCUCCGGCACCUUCUCGCCGCUGCCCACAGAGGCCGUGUCGGAGGCUGGCGGCGACGUGGCGCGCCUCCUGCUGUCGCCCUCUGUGCAGCGCGACGUGCUUCCGGGCGGGACCAUCGUCCAGGACUGGCAGCCCUACCGGCCGAGCGAGAGUGACUUGAGCCUGCUGGCGGCCAGGGGCCCGGAGUGGCGCGUGGACAGCCGCGCGCGCCCCUUCCCCACCCCACCCGGCGGCAACGGCACGUGGCGCUACCUCAACAUCUACGCCUUCGGCAGCCACGGCGCGCGGGUUCAGAGCCAGCUUCUGUGGCAUCUGCAGCGCCAGGCCCCGCGUCUCGUCGGCCUCAACGUCAUGUGCCAGCUCUUCCUGGCGCCCCAGCUGUGCUUACAGCUGGCUGAUUUCUGCCAGGCUGGCUCGGGGCUCGAGCUGGUCAAGGGUUAUACCGACCAAUACCUGCUGGAGGCCGACAUCUAAGGCCUCUCCAGUCGGAGAGGAGAGAAAAUGCACUUUAGACCCACCUCCUUCCUCGGAUCUCCCCAAGGCCCCGCCCCUGCUGUUUUCAAGCCCCGCCCCCUCCCCCUGCCCUCGGUCAUCGGCUCUGCCGCCUGCACUUACCCGCCGUCCAUCCUUCCCUUCCCUUUCCCCCUUACGUCUCUGUCUGCCAUCUUGACUCUAGCGCCCCCAAACGCAGUUGCCCACACCCUGAUCUGAACCGCCGGGUUUGGGGGAGCCACCCGCGCUUCUGUUGUCCACCCAUUCCCUUUCCGUGCCAAAGAAUGGGUUCGUUCACAGCUUCAGAGCCUUUCCGUGUCCGUGCCCCAGCCUGGGAGUGUACUCCGCCCUUUGUGGCUUCUGCCUUCUGCCCCGUUGUGGAUGGGAGCUGGCAGAAGUGUGUGCAACGCCCAGUAGCCGGCCAGGAGCCCAGUUGCCCAAUACGUAUUACUUUUCUUCCUCCCGAUCUUUCUCAGGCCCCCAGAGCUUGCCCUCUGCUCCUCUCCUCACCGUCCUCUCAGUCUCCUGUGCCUGGACCUCUCUUAGUUCUCCGCUGUCCAUUUGUCUGCCCCGCCAUUCCCCUUCUCCAUGAUCUCGUCAUCACCCGCCCUGUGUGUAAUAUGGGGAAGGACCUGCAAAGGAAAUAGAUUUAUAAUGCCCCACCCCCAUUUGGCCCCUGCUUGCUCUCUGGUGAUGCACUUUUCCGAGGCUGCCUCCUCUGACUGGGGUUUCCUCCAACUUUGCACAAUGAUGCUUUUUUUUUUUU